AUGAGUAGGGGAAAAGUUAAACUCGCAUUCAUUGAGAAUGCCAAUGCAAGACAAGCAGCCUUAACUAAGAAGGCGGCGGUGAUUUCCAAGAUGGCAGCUCAACUCGAAAUUCUUUGUGGUGUGAGUAUUUUGUAUGCCUUUUAUAAUAUUAAUGAUGUUGAGCCAACUGAAGCAUUUCCAUCUCUCAAGGCUGUGAAAGAUUUUAUGUCUUAUGUCAUGAACAUGCCUAUUAUCGAACGCACUCAAAAGGCAACAACUCAGGACGUCUACCUUUAUGAAAUGAUAACUAAAAUAUCCGUCAAAUUACAACAUUUGAAGGAAAAGAACAACCGAUCUGAGGGUCUUGAACUUUUACGCAAAGUUUUUGAAGGUAAUAUUGAUUUUAAUCAAAUUGAACAGCAAACUCUUUACUGCACGAAUCAAGUCGUAGUUGAAAAGAUUGGAGAGAUUAAUAAACACCAAUCCCAAAACAUGAGUAAUCCUCUCAAUCACAACGAUGGAGCCUCAGAUGAUGCUAGAUUCCAAGUUCCCGACCCAACACCGGAUGGACCUAGUAAUAAUAAUGGAGCUAGUCCUUCUAGACGUGGCUGA